AGGAUGUGGAUGCUCUUCUUUCUGAGUGCCUUGUUGGGGGCGUUGGGGUCACCACUGGAUACGGCCUCGGGGGCAGCUCAGCAGCUUCAGACCCUUCACUGCCCGCCCUGUGAGCAGAUCCACUGCUCCACCCAGCGGGCGCUGAAGCUGCAGUGUAAAGGUGGUGUCACGACAGGUGUGUGUGGCUGCUGCCCUGUGUGUGCCAGAGCAGAGGGGGAGACCUGCGGUGGAACGUGGGACUAUCUGGGCAAGUGUGAUGAGGGGCUGGUGUGUGUUUACCAGGACUCGGCUGACAAACCAGACGCAGAGCGCAAAGGGAUCUGUAAAGCAGUGAUUGAAUCGUCGGAUCAGGAGAGCUGUCACCCAGAGUGCACCAGGGAAUACUGUCAGGCCAACCCUUCUGAAAUCUGCUCCGCCAGAUUUGUGUCUCUGGAGAAGACAGAGUGCCAGGGCUCCUGCCAACACACCUCCUGUUCAAGCUGCUUGCUGCUGAAACCGCCGUCAUGUCCUCAGACCUGCAGCCCCUCUGAUCACUCCUGUCUACACCACUUUGGGAAGUGUGUGCACAAUCACCUGAUAGCCACUCAUAACGCUGUGUGCCACAACAACCUGCAGGCAAAUCCUGAGGGACAUUUUCUGUGUCUGGUCCCAGCCUGUCCAAACACAACAACGUAAAGAGAGGAACUUUUCAGCAGCUCAUGUAGCAACAUGGAAAAAGGCAGCUAUCUAUAAACUUUGUGUAUACUGAAGAUUCUUAUUCCAGCAAUCACAUUUUGUAUGCAUGUAAACCUGAAUAUAAAACUGUGAAAUGUAAUGUAUUAUUAAAUCAUGUGAAAUAAAAUGAUGUCAUACUGUA